AUGCUUGGCUUAGAUACAGCUAAUACAAAGAAGAAAUUGAAGUCGGCCCAAAUAACUUCGUUAGCAAACUAUGGAAGCAACGUAAGCCCAUAUGCUAUAGAGCUUGCUUGUUCAGGUAGUGGAAGGGAAGCCACCAGAAUAGUAGUCCCAGCGCUGGAAAAGCUUGAUCACAUUCUUAAUCAAAAGUUAAUUACCCGUGAAGAUGUGAUCCAGAUAGUACUAAAUGUGAGGUACGGCUAUCUUAGCGAUGCGCACAAUAUUGUUCUGUCUAAUUUCAAUUCAACAUGUAAUUGCACUCAGCUGAGUGAAACUGUCUGGUUGCAAGAGUUGAAGGACAUUUGUGAUUAUACGGUAGAUGUUGCUGAGAAAUUCAUUGCGAGAAGAGAUAGGCUGAGGAAUGUUUGGCUUGUUUUCUGUUCUUUUGAGCAACAUCUUAUGGAGAUGACACUCAUGCAACAGAUGAAAGUAUCAAUACUCAGUUUGGAGAUGCAUAUUACAAAAUGA